AUGAGCAACAGCCCUCGUGCCCGCUCAGCAUCACGAGCAUUCUCCGCGAGGGCAGUAGCGGAAGCCACCCCAAAUUCGACAGAAUGGAAUUCUUGGUUCUCACCCUGGUUUACCGCUCUGGACGACGCAUUGUCGGUAUCGUCAGAGCAAACAGCUAGGGACUCAUUUUUCUCACGUCGUGGUUCCCUGGCACCAACUGCGAUAAUCCAGUCCACGGAAGCUGAAGAAAGACUGCAGUUUUCUCGUACGCACCUCGCGAGAGAGGCGCACAAAAGAAAGCGCUACCAAUCCACCCGGGCAACGUCUGAAGACGUGACCAUGGCGUGUGGAUCCCCAACCCCAACUGUUCGUGAAUCAACGGAAUUCUUGCAAAAAACACCAGCGUCGUGGCGGCUAUCGGCGACUAAAAGCGCGUCUGUAAUGCCACCACUCACUCCAUUUUCGAAGUCAUUGUCGCCGGGGCCAAUAUUUGACCAUGAAUUUGUCACAAACGCGACUACUUUCUCGGAUGGUCAUGACGGGCUCCGUUCGCCAGCGCAGUUCUCUGGAGCUUCUCGGAUCUUUCAAUCUUACCAGCCCCGGGACACCUCUCGGGUCAGUGAGGUCCCCUCUCUUAGUCAUUCUUCGACUGACCGUUACUCGAUAUCUCCUGCCGCUCAUUCAAAUGGCUCAUCCAGGGAAAGCCGGCCACCGUUCCCAGGGCCGUCAUCCCCAGGCCUCGCAUGUGACCUGCAACUGGGUGAAAAUAUGGCAUCCCUGUUUGGAAAUGCGGAAAAAUGCGGCUCGUCACCCGUUCCUUCGCGAAAUUGCUCUCCUUUAGCCCGAGACGCUACUAGGGUAGGCAGUGGAGGAUCUACCUCUGACGUACUACCAAGGGAGGCACUUUCUCAACCAGAUCAAAAUUCUCGCCAUUUAUUAUCGUCAUUGGAUGACAAUAUUGCACAGAACCUUGGAGCUCGUGGCCAAAGCGAUCGCGGCGCAUCCAAGUUUUUGAGGGAACUUCGCUCGCGUAUAGCGAACGGGCCUCCUGGGGCAUCCCAAUCACUCAUUUGUGACCGCUGGGUGCAGGAAAGGACAAUAGGGCUGUUGCGAUACCACAGAGAGAUUAUUCCUAAUCUCUGGGAUGAAGACGACGCUAUGUUUGAGAGCAGGCAUCUGGACCGAGAUGCAGCAUACACCUUUUGCUACGGAACAGCCAAAGAGGAGAUGCUGCAUGAGCUCGAGAGAAUGAGCUCAAGAGAUAGCAACCGGUCUCACAAAUCCAGCCCAAGCACCCGCGACAUAGUGCCGUCGGCCGUGGUUAUCAGUUCAGUUGAUGGCCAUGAAGAUGAGCCACGAUCGUCGAGGGCAGUCCAUCAGCUGCCAGAGGCUAUUGUUUUUAGCGACAGAAAGAUGGAGCGCGGAGGAGGAUCAGCUCUGGAAGGUGAGCGAGAAGAAACGGUUCGGUGGUCAUCGAUGUGGUUGAUGAAUCUCAAGCUAAAUAUUUAA